CUGUUUGACUGCAGUCCGGUGAUGUGGAUGAGGUCAUUACGCACUGAGGCUGUGGCAAAACCCGUUGUUUUCCUGUAGAGCUGGUCUUUACAAGCGUAUUAUUUUUGUGUUUCUUCCUCUUAUUUUUGUCUGAACAGUCAUAUGACGCAAAGUUUUACUUGGAGUCCAGGUUUUGUGGUGAGACUGUGUGUGUGUGCCUGUCCUAGUGGAGUCUUUUUGCUGAUAACCCGCAAGGAAACAUGAACUUCUCCUUGUUCGACGUGACCCAGGGUGCGCUGUUUAACGGCAGUCAGACCCUCGCCGGGACUUUGGCGACAUAUUCCGGCAAUGGAACAGACAACGUGGUGACCGGCGACGGCGGAGGGUCCCUGGUGUUGGUGCAAGACGAGCGCAAACUCUUCGUCAUGCGUGUGGUGCAAAUCGCGGUGCUAUGCGUGUUGUCGCUUACCGUCGUGUUCGGCAUAUUUUUCCUCGGGUGUAACCUGAUGAUCAAAUCGGAGAGCAUGAUUAACUUCCUGGUAAAGGACCGGAGACCCUCUAAAGACGUGGAGACGGUCAUGAUCGGGCUCAGGUAGAGCACGGAGAGCAGGUACUGUGGAGAACUGCAGCGGAGAUCCGGUGCGAGGAUCUGGUGCACGUUUCCUACCGCAGGUCAAGUCUGUAUCUGCAUGUACUACUCAAAGACGCCCCAUCUGUUUAUUAGUGAGGAAAGAUAUGCAAAAACUUUACAUUUCCUUCCGAAAAACGACUACAGGAAAGUAGUCCAGUGACCAAUGUUCGUGCGUAAAGUUUGUGCGUAAAACACGGGAAAUUGUUUACACGUGGGCCGAUCUGUUGAAUCUUUUGAGUGAAUUUAAUGUUGCCAAACUGAACAAAGUGACAAAAAUGUUUACAAGCUGUUACCUCAUUUUUUGUUUAGCUAAUUUUUCUUUUUUUGUAAAUUUGAAAUGAUCAAAAAGCAUGAUU